AUGGAUUUCCUUUUCCGCUUUCUGUCUCUCAUUGCGGUCAUCAUUUUCGGCACAGGCGCCUCGACUCAGCGCCACUUCAGCAUCAUCCGUGUAGCGUGCAUCGCGGUGGAUGUACUAGUUCCGUUGUUGACUUCAGGUGAAGAGGUUCAAAUGGCUAACCCCGAUCCAAAACCUCCUGCCUCAGGGGCCGGAGAGCAUCACGAAACUCAGCAGCAAACGCCUCCUCAUCCUGCUGAGCAGCAGAGCAAUCAGCAGCCUCCCGAGGAGCCGUCGGCUACCAAUUCAGCUGCGCAGGUGAGGGACGAAGAGGAUGCCAAUCGAGCAGCCCUCGAAGACCUCAGACAGCACGGCACGCAGAUGACGAAGGCGGAGAGAAAGCAAGCAGAGGACUACCUACGGGCGAAAUAUGGGGCAACGGACCCUCAGGAGCCAGCGGACACAGCUGACGAGGCGCGAUGA